CUCCUGGUCCGUCAGAUUGGUAUAAAAAAUGGAGGCAAUGUGGUGGUAAUCGGCAAUCUCCGAUCAACAUCGACACGAGUCGGGUGAGGCACAGACAUUUCCGAACUCUGAAAAUAGAAUUCGACAGACUGGGCGGCCUGGUCAGUGGGGAGUUAAAAAACAAUGGAAACGCUCCCACUUUUUUCGUAGACAAGGACAAGGGAACAGCGAGACUGAAAGGAAGUCGUCUUUCAGACAGAUACGUGCUUACUAAUUUCCACGUGCAUUUCGGAUGUGAAAACGACCGGGGAUCAGAGCACACUCGUAAUGGCCACCGUUUUGCUGCCGAGAUUCAUUUUGUGUUUGAGGUUUCAAGAGGACGGUUUGCAGUCGUAGCUGUAUGGCUCAGGGCUUCUAAAAAUGAAAACACUAUUCUGGGAAGGUUGGCAAAUCAGAUGCACAAGAUUAUUGAUGUUGACGAGUCUGCGAAGAUAAGGAGGGCGAUCGGAAUUCGCUUGAUGCGCCUUAUACCACACAAAAGUCGGAAGCACAAGACAUUGGUACUGUCAAAUUAUUUCCUUCAUGUAUUUCGAUUUUAA